CAUUUAUCGAAAUUAUCGGGUAUCGACUCUUUGGUGCUUACACAUUUAUCCAAUAUAACAAAUUAAAAAAUUCAAGAAUGGAAGAACUGUGUCGUGUUUGCAUGGAAAACUCUGAUCUUUUGACAGAUAUAUUUGCACCCCUAAUGAACUUACAGACAAAACGAGAGCCUGAAUUCAGCAUGGCCGACAUUCUCAACGAACUAACCGGCUGCCAAAUGAUUGUUAAUUACAAAAGUGAACUGCCGCAAUAUAUUUGCACAAAUUGCAUGGAGAGAGCAAAGGCGGCAUUGGAUUUCAAACGCAUGGUGGAAAGGAACAGUGAACGCUUUGUGCAGCUACACAGCAUAUCCGGAGAUCAGAAGUGUAAGGUGAAACUGAAACAGGAAGAGGACGAUCUCAUUGCCAUCUGCAACAUGCUCAAUGCAGAGGACUUACAGCUUAUGGACAACCUGGCGGAGGAGGAAACAAAAGAGUUGAAAAUUGAAUCGAAUGCAACGCAUCAGUACAACACCCGACGCAAGAGACUGAACAGAUACAGCGUAUCGAACAUGAGCAGCAAGAGCUUCCUGAGCGUAAGCGGCCUGGACGAUGAGGACGAGAAGAAGACAUCUCUUGCAUGUCCCCACUGCCAAUACGUUCCAAGCAACAAGGGCAAUCUGAAGGCCCAUCUCCGCACACACACCGGGGAGCGUCCAUUCCAAUGCCCGCACUGCCCAAGGACAUUCACGCAAAAGCAAAAUAUGACCGUGCACACACGCACGCACACCGGAGAGCGUCCAUAUAAAUGUGCCGCGUGUCCCAAGUCCUUUGCUCAGCUAGCGGGCUUAAUUGCCCACAGUCGCCGACGUCCAUGGGAUCACAUAUUGGAGUCGGAACAUGCAAUAAAACAAGACCGUCUUAGAAAACACCGUCGCAAGAAGGUGCACAGCUAAUGAUAUAUGAUAUAUCGAAUAAACCAAACAAGACCUGUCCACUUAAAUAUCAGCUUCAUUCCAUUUAUUCUAUAUCAACCAGGAUGGAGUCUGUGCUUACACUUUUUGUAAAUAUUGCCAUUCGCCACGCGCGCAUUCGAUUACUAUCGAUAUCAUGACUUAGGCAAAAGUAUCGACAAGCCUUUCAUUUGAUAAAUAGGCGCAAUUUUUGAAUGCGCAAUCUAUUAACUCAAGGCAAUCGUUCACUAAACGCUUACUAAAUAGUUCAUAAUAUUAAACUUAGGCAGCUGAUAAAGUACAUCAUUUAAUGAUGCAUCAAAUACAUUUGUAUUUAUUAGCUGUUGCCAACUGCAAACAAAAUAAACUAUGUGCACAUAAUCUUAAACAACUCAA